AUGGUAUCUGCUCAUUCCAUGAUGGCGACGGCGCUGGCCUGCUUAGUGUUCUCCGUCGCGCCAGUGACUGCAACAUCGUACUCUAUGGUCAAAGAGUACUAUGGUUCUACCUUCUUCAACGACUGGACUUUCUAUAAUAAUUACGAUAAUUUGACAAACGGAGAUGUUACUUAUGUUUCGGCUCAGAACGCAACUGCAGAUCAGUUGGCAUAUGUAGAUACUUCGACGAACCAUGCCAUCAUCAAAGUAGACAACACUUCUACUGUGGUUUGGGAUAACAAACGCAACUCCGUCAGGAUUGCAAGCGACGACGCCUUCGGAGUGGGGAGCUUGUGGGUAGCUGAUAUAUAUCAUGCGCCUUAUGGCUGUUCCGUGUGGCCAGCAUGGUGGAGUCAAGCAGCUCUAUGGCCACAAGGUGGCGAGAUCGAUACCUUUGAGGGUAUCAAUACCAAUACCCAAAACCAGAUGUCCUUGCACACUGAAACUGGGUGCACGGCGGUUUCCCAAAAUCAAACUUCAACCCUAGUCGCCAGCACAAAUUGUUCGUAUGCCGCAAACGAGGAUCAAGGUUGUAUUGUUACAGACCCGGCGACUACAUCCUACGGCGCCGGUCUUGCGAGCAGCGAAGGAGGAGCUUUUGUAACCGAGAUGGCUUCAACUGGUAUCAGCAUUUGGUACUUCACAAGAUCCGAAAUACCCAGCUCGCUGUCGAGUAACGAAAGCACGAUUGAUACCUCGACCUUUGGUAUUCCUGUUGCCAACUGGCCUUCUACGGGUUGCAACAUUACGGAGUUCUUCCAGCCCCAGACCUUGAUUUUCGAUAUCACCCUCUGCGGAGACUGGGCCGAUGGUGCUACAUGGAACGAUACAUGCUCAGGCAUUUGCUACAACAACUAG